AUGGGUGCGAAUAUUUGUAAUCCUGGUCAGGGGCUUAAACCAGUGGUAAUUAUGUUGCUGGUUCAAGCAGUACUUGCUGGCGUAAAUGUAAUGUAUAAGUUGGCUGUGGUUGACGGUAUGAGCAUGAGGGUACUCAUCUCUUACAGAUUUAUCUUUGCCACUGUUUUUAUACUUCCACUUGCUUUGAUAUUAGAGAGGAAGAGUAAAGCAAAAUUGACAUGGAAGAUAGCUUUUCAAGGAUUUUUAUCGGGUCUGUUUGGGGGAGCACUAGGGCAGAAUUUAUUCAUUGGAAGCUUGGCCCUAACAUCAGCAACAUUUGCGACAGCCAUGUCCAACCUAAUUCCUGCUGCUACUUUCAUUUUAGUGAUUACUUUAAGGUUGGAGAGAUUGGCAAUCAGAACGUUGGCAGGUACGGCCAAGCUGGCUGGCACUGUCUUGAGCAUAGGUGGAGCAAUGGUUCUUACCUUUUACAAAGGGCGAGAGAUUAGCCUUUGGUCAACCAGUAUAAACUUGGCUAAACAUGACGAGGAUCAUCUCACAGAGGCACACCCUUCGCUUCGUAAUCAAGUUCUAGGUUCAGUGCUGGGUCUACUAGCCUGCUUAUGUUAUGCAAUUUGGUACAUAAUUCAAGCCAAGAUGAAUGAAAGUUAUCCUUGCAAAUAUUCAAGUACAGCUCUAAUGAGCAUCACAGCAUCAAUUCAGGCGACAAUUUACGCUAUAAUUACUGACAGGAACUGGUCUGCAUGGAAGCUUGGUUGGAAUAUUAGGCUUUUCGCAGUUUUUUACACGGGCUCCAUCUCUACAGGACUGAUGAUUGUGGUUUUGACUUGGUGUAUACGGUUGAAGGGGCCAUUAUUUGUAUCCAUCUUCAACCCUUUUGCGCUUAUAUAUGUUGCCAUCGUCGGAUCCUUGAUCUUAAACGAGAGGCUACAUCUAGGAAGCAUUAUAGGUUCAGUGCUGAUAAUGGGAGGAGUAUAUGUUGCAUUAUGGGGAAAAACUAAAGAGAUCAAGAAUUCAGUGCAAUUAGUACGUUCAAUAGACUCUGAAGCCGAGGAAGUUACUUUAAAUUAA